CUGAAAUGUUCAUUCAAGAGGUAACCCUCCGUGCAUGGAGGCAAACUCAAUCGCGCUCUCGCACGACCAUUCGCAGUUGUGACAUACAUGCGGCCUUAAGAAGUUCAGUUAUUUAUAAUGAAUUGGUUAAUCUUUUAUCUGUUGAACAAUGCUUUGCCAAUCAUCCGGGUGUGCAGCCACAAGGUACAACACAUCAGCAAAUGCUCCCACCUGAAAAUGUGAAUGAGUCGAAUAUGAAAGUUCCAAUAGAUAUAGACCAGAUUCAGCAGCAAAGCCUUUUCAAUCUAAAAGCUGAUCAUUUUAUUGAGAUUGGAGAGUUUGAGCUCGACCCUAUGAUCCAGUGAAAAUUGUCUUGGUGGAAGCUGUUCUGGAAGAGAAACUUAGUUGAGAGGAAAAAGAAGAAAUCUGAAGAACAGUUCACCCAUAAGGCCAUAAACCAUGUUUUUUGAAUAUGAUGCUUGUGAGAAAAUUGUUGAAUGGGUAGUUUUAACCUUUGUAUGUAUAAUUUAACUUGUGGCCUAAAUGAAAGUUUUAUGCUCUGAACCAAAUAACUAAUUAUGAGAUCUAUCUGCAAGCUAGACUACAUAGGUUGCAUUGAACUGCUUGUGAUUUUUCAUGUAAAUGCAAUCUAAAUGAAUCAUAACUGUACACACACUCAUUGUUCAAGUUCAGCUAUUAUGCUUACC